GACGUCUUCCAACUUGGCAAAUGUCGUACUUGUCGAAAUUUGACUGUAAAUCUGCUAGGGUGAAAGGAUUAGCUUUCCAUCCUAAAAGACCAUGGAUUCUAAGCAGCCUUCAUACUGGGAUUAUACAGUUAUGGGAUUAUCGCAGUUGUACACUAAUUGAGAAGUUUGAAGGGCAUGAGGGACCUGUCCGUGGCAUUGAUUUUCAUGCCAACCAACCAUUGUUUGUCUCUGGUGGUGAUGACUACAAAAUCAAAGUAUGGAACUACAAGCAACGAAAGUGCUUAUUUAAUCUGACCGGUCACUUAGAUUACAUAAGAACUACAUUUUUCCAUAAGGAAUACCCGUGGAUCUUGAGCGCUUCAGAUGAUCAAACUAUUCGUAUUUGGAAUUGGCAGUCGCGAACUGUGGUAUCCAUCUUAACGGGACACAGCCACUAUGUUAUGUGUGCUCAGUUCCAUCCAAAAGAGGACCUUAUUGUGUCGGCGUCUCUAGACCAAACUGUGCGUGUUUGGGAUAUGUCAGGGUUAAGAAAGAAAAGUGUGGCUCCUUCUUCACUAUCGAAUUUAGAGGAUCAUGCCAGACAAUUUACGGGACCGUCUGGUCCUGGGGGUUCUGGCCCUAAUUUGUUUGGUCCGAGCCACACCGAGCUAUUUGGGACGACAGAAGUCAUUGUUCGGCACGUUCUUGAAGGUCAUGAUCGUGGUGUAAAUUGGGUUGCUUUCCAUCCAACCUUACCUAUAGUUGUGUCUGCAGCAGAUGAUCGUCUAAUAAAAAUAUGGAGAAUGACUGAGUCAAAAGCUUGGGAAUUGGAUACUCUUCGAGGUCAUUACAAUAAUGUCAGCUGCGUCGUCUUUCAUCCUAGACAGGAUUUACUGCUUUCUGAUUCUGAGGACAAAGCCAUCAGAAUAUGGGAUUUAGCCAAGCGAACCUGCGUUUCUACCAUUCGUCGUGAUUCUGACAGAUUUUGGGUUUUAAAUGCACAUCCUAAACUAAAUGUGUUUGCUGCUGGCCAUGAUACAGGGUUUGUAGUUUUCAAACUGGAGCGUGAAAGACCCGCAUUCACAGUGUACAAAGAUCACAUGUUUUAUGUGAAACUCCCAUACCUUAGAAGAGUAGACUUUACUGCUACCAAAGAUGUUCCAGUCCUUCAACUUAGAGAAGGUCGUGGUCUGGCUGUUAGUGCUGGUUACAAUCCAAUCGAAAAUGCUAUUUUAAUUCUUAGUCGUCCACGUCAGAGUGAAAUGGGACCGUCGUCGAAUUUGUCCAUAACCAGUGGUACUAGCAUGGUUUAUGACCUCUACAUAUUGCCUAAAACAAUAGAUAACACUAGUACACAACCUGAACACGUUGAAAGUCGAUCAGGUACUGCCAUUGCAGUUGCUUGGAUUGGUCGAAAUAGAUUCGCAGUGCUAGAAAGUUCAGGAUCAAUAGUCAUCAAGAAUCUUGCUAAUGAAAAUGUCAAGAAGGUGUCUUUUUCUGGUGUUGAUCAGUUUUUCUACGCCGGGACUGGUAAUUUAUUGAUUCGUGAUUCAAAUGGAAUCAGUUUAUGUGAUGUUGCCAACAAACGCACUCUAGCCACACUGAAGCAUACUAAAUUCAUUCGGCAUGUUAUCUGGUCCCCUGAUGGUCAAUACGUUGGAAUGUUUACUAAAUUAUAUCUUUAUUUAUGCGAUCGACAUCUAGAAGUGAAGGCUAGUAUUCAUGAAACAGUUAGAAUUAAAAGUGGUGCUUGGGAGGAACAUGGAGUUUUUAUUUACACUACAAGCAAUCAUAUUAAAUACUGUCUAUUGAAUGGUGAUUAUGGGAUUAUUCGAACGCUUGAAUUACCUGUUUACAUUACACGUAUUCGCGGCAAUUCAGUAUAUUGUUUGGAUCGUGACUGCUCUCCACUUGUGUUUACUAUAGAUCCAACAGAGUUCCGUUUCAAAUUGGCACUUGUUAAUCGUAGAUAUGAAGAGGUCCUACAUAUGGUUCGUAAUUCAAACCUUGUUGGUCAAGCCAUAAUCGGAUAUUUAGAAAAGAAGGGUUAUCCUGAAGUUGCAUUACAUUUCGUCAAAGAUACCCGUACUAGAUUCUCAUUGGCUAUGGAUUGUGGUCAGUUAGAUGUUGGAUUAGAAGCUGCUCAAGCUUUGGAUGAUAAAGCUUGUUGGGAGAGACUUGGUGAACUGGCAUUGAAACAAGGAAAACUGCAGAUGGUUGAAAUGACCUACCAGCGUGUUAAGAAUUUUGAUAAACUCACGUUUUUGUAUUUAAUAUCGGGAAAUUUGGAUAAAUUAAAAAAGAUGAUGAAGAUAGCUGAAAUUCGAAAGGACACCUCAAGUCACUACCAUAUUGCAUUGCUUUUGGGUGAUGUAGCUGAACGUGUGAAGUUGCUGCGCAACUGUGGACAGAAACCACUAGCUUUUCUGACUGCAGCCACUCAUGGUCUCAAUCAAGAAGCUAAGGAGUUAGAAGAGCAACUUUCAUCAUUGUCUUUACAGUCAAUGCCAUCUGAAACAAACGCAUCGUUUUUACCGGAAAUUGAUCCAAAUGCUAGUCUUAUUAUCCCACCACCUCCGAUCAUCCGAGCGGAUAAAGUCGCAGAAGGCAUGAAUGCUGAAACUGAUUGGCCUCUCCUUAGUGUACAGCUUGAUUUCUUCGAAACUGCUAUUGCUCAGCGUCGAAAUGCUGCAUUGAAAUCCACUGAGAAAGGUGAUGAACAAGAUAGUAAACCAAUCGGACCGUCAGUGGCCGCUGCCAGCUUGCUUUUAGAUACAGAGGAUGUCCCAGAGGGAGCCUGGGGAAGAGAUGCAAAUCUUGAGCUCGACGAACCAGGGGAAUUUGAAGAUGCUAUGGAAGCUGGUGAUACCACAGAUCUCUCUGGAAUUGGGGAUAAAAGUGCAGAUGCUGGUGGUUGGGAUAUUAGUGAUGCAGACCUAGAAUUACCAUCUGAUCUUCAAGGUACUGGAGCAAUUUCCGCAGCAAAGACUGAAAAUGCAUUUGUUGCUCCAUCACCUGGCCGACCUAAUAGUCAUCUAUGGAGUGAAAAUUCUAACUUACCAGCUGACCAAAUAAUGGCCGGCAAUUGGGUGAAUGCUAUGCGACUUCUAAAUGCCCAGGUUGGAGUUGUUAAUUUUGAACCUUACAGAACACUUUUCAUGAAUUUGUAUAGUGCUUCCCGUUCAUUGGGUUUAGGCUUACCGUUAAUACCUUCUCAAUUUUUAUAUCCUCAACGUAACUGGAAAAAGAUUUCACCAACAUCUGCAGCACCAGCUCCUGUAAUUAAUUUGAGUGAGCUCAUAACACGUCUGCAAACUGCUUAUCAAUUAACAACCAAAGGCAAAUUUCAAGAUGCAAUCAAUCGAUUCAGAACAAUCUUAUUAUCAGUGCCAUUACUAGUAGUUCACUCGCCAUCUGAAGAAGCUGAGGCAAAAAGCCUAAUCAAUAUAUGCAGGGAAUAUAUUGUAGGUUUGUCAAUGGAAAUGACACGUAAAUCUAUGUCCAAGGAUACGCUACCUGAUCAGGUAAAUAAUUAUUCUCACUGAAUUUCUGUUGUUGUGUGAUCGGCACUGAACUGUUGUUUUAGGUUAGUUUGAAAUACACAAUAAUAACAUGGUUGUAUGCAACAGACAAAGAAGCUCAGAGCCCAGGUCGUGUUGCAUCUACGACCUCAAAUGGAAGAAUAUCCUAUCUGACUGUGAUUGGAAUCUCUGUCACUCAGUGUUGUAGUCACACAUGUUACCGCUAAGCCAUUCGGAAUCAUGAUUAAUCUCUUGUAUGACUGUAACGUGUACAUUUUCAUGUGGUCUAGUCCUCGGUGUUUGUGUUUGACCAGAUUCCAUCAGCCAAUAUUGUUCACUGCAAUGGAACUUCUUCAAUUAUUUUUAUAUGCAUAGAAACUGGACUACCUAACUCUUCCUCACAUUAGUUUUAUUUUAAUUAUAGUCAAGGAUAGACAUGUGAAACCUUGUAAAUACGUAUGCAUUUUAAGCAUGACAAGUCUUCGUAACCCACUAAACUAAAUCUUGUGUACUUAACACAAAAUCAGUAUUCUGGUCCAUCGUUGCCUUCCAUGAAAGCUAAAGCUGUAGGUAUAAAUUCAGUCUCACUAAAGAAAUGUAUCAUCAAAAUCUCAAGACAAAUAUAUUCAAAUAUUGUAAUCAACCAACAUGCAAGUAGGUCAUCAGAAGUGAUUGGUAUGCAGGAUAAGGUAGACAUCGGCUUUAUUGGUCAAAUGACAAACAGGUCUUUCGUCUCCCAGGCUAUCAGCUAAACUCAGUGUAAAAUGGCUGAUUUUACUACUCAACUAGGGCGGAAAUUGAACCUAGGAGCCAUUGGCUAAAAAUCGGGUGAUUCAACUAAUGAGUCACGUCUCCAUUAUUGAUCAGGAAACGUAGUCUGGUCUUUGUUGUAGUAGUUGUUUUUUUUUAUGACUCCUAUGUAGUUAUUUUUAUUGUAACCCUUCUAAUAUAUUUUAUAGAUUCGUAACGCUGAAUUAGCAUGUUACUUCACACAUUGCCGUUUGGAAACACCUCAUCUUAUUUUAACUUUAAGAACAGCCUUAAAUUUGUUGUACAAACUUAAAAACUUCCGUUCUGCUGCUGCUAUGGCGAGACGACUGCUAGACCUUGCUCCGUCAAUGGAUGUCGCUCAACAGACUCGUAAAAUUUUACAAGCAUGUGAAGUAGCAACGCCAAAUGAAGAUUCUCAUACCCUCAGUUAUGAUCCUUUAAAUCCCUUCGAAAUUUGUGCUGCCACUUAUGUUCCUAUUUAUAGAGGUAAGGAUUCGGUUCGUGAUCCUUUAAGUGGAGCUUAUUAUGUAUCAUCUAUGAAAGGUCAACUUUGUCGUGUUACUGGAGUAACUGAAAUCGGCGCUGAACAUCAAGGAUUAGUAAUCCGAUCUAGUCGUUCCUAAAACGAGUUCAAUCAGGAGACAAUACCUGUAGGAGGAUAAAUAAAUUAUGGUUCAUCAUUACAAUUAUUUUGUAUGGUGGGAAACUUCGGGGGCUAUUCUAUGUGCUGUGAUUUUUCCUUUCUCUUUUACUUUUGUUUUGUCACUUUUAUCAGUAAUAAUAGUAAUAAAAAAAUGUGGAAUCACUUUUGUUUUGGUACACUUAUCAAUAAUAAACAUAUACUUCUUGGU